UGCCUUGUAACGUCAAGUGUGCUAACUGUCGUGAAAGCACAUCGACGCAGAAAGCCGCGAGCAGGACGCUAAUAAGUCAGUCUUAUUAUUUCUUCUCCAGUUUGAAAUAUUGACGUCGUAUAAAAUACAUAUUUGAUUCUUUAGUAGAGGAUAAAGUCGUCUGGAUGCGCUAGAAGCACUGUGCCGCUUCUCGUGCUAUCUUUGCUUGUUAGUUAGCUUAGCUGGCUAGUUAGCUUAGCUUGUUAGCUGCUAACAGAAGACACAGAAGUUAUCAACACAUCGCUAAGUAGAGAUCAAGUGUGAGAGUAAAGUGUUGUGAUUGUGUGAAAAUGUCUACAUUACAAAUGUUGAGAGCGUUGGUGGAUCAGCGACUAACUGCUGCCGUUGAAGAAAUAUUUGUAGUGUUCGAAAGAACGAUAGCAAAAUACGAGGCGGAACUUUCUAGAACAAAAGGGGAGAACAAACAACUACUGGACGCUGUUGUCAAGAAACAUCAAGUUGUUUUACACACAACAGACCUCGAAGAAGAACAUCUGCCUUGUGAGCAGGAGGAGGAACCACAUUCCUCCAACAUACACGAGGAAGAAGAGGUACCACAUUCCCAACACAUCAAAGGGGGAGGACAGGAGCCAAAGCCCCCCCGCAUUAAAGAGGAAGACAAGACACCACAGACCCGUAGUGUUAAACUGACCCUUCACAUUAAAGGGCAAGCGGAGGACCCACUGAUCUUACACAUUAAAAAGGAAGAGGAGGACCCACUGACCCCCUACUUUAAAGAGGAAGAGGAGGAGCAAGAGGCGGUGCACAUUAAAGAGGAAGAGGAGGAAGAGGGGAUCAGUCAGCCUAAAUGGUUGGAGGAGUUCCCAGUGACUGGUGUCCCUGUGAAGAGUGAAGAUGAUGAGGUGAAAGGUGAAAGUGAGGAGAGGGGAGGGGGGGAGCCUCCAAGCAGCAGCUCAACACAACACAUGACAACAGAAGCUGAUGGAGACCACUGUGGAGGAUCACAAGCAGACAAGCUCUUAGCUCCACUAUCAGAUAGUGAGGACACAACCUCACACUCUCCUCACACUGAUGAUGAUGAUGCAACAUUAUCAGAUAGUGAGGACACAACCUCACACUCUCCUGACACUGAUGAUGAUGAUGCAACAUUAUCAGAUAGUGAGGACACAACCUCACACUCUCCUCACACUGAUGAUGAUGAUGCAACAUUAUCAGAUAGUGAGGACACAACCUCACACUCUCCUGACACUGAUGAUGACGAUGCAACAUGUCACACUGACAACACUCACUUCACAUGUUCUACCUGUCACAAAACGUUUAAAUACCGUUGUCGUCUGAAAGCACACAUGAGAACACACACCGGAGAAAAAGCUUUUAUCUGCUCAAUAUGUGACAAAGGUUUUGGACAACGUCAAAAUUUGGAAAGACACAUGAGAACACACACCGGAGAAAAACCUUUCAUCUGUUCAAUAUGUGGUAAAGGUUUUACAGAAAGUCAGAAAUUGAAAAGACACAUGAGAACACACACUGGUGAAAAACCUUUUUGUUGUUCAAUCUGUGGUAAAGGUUUUACACGAGGUCAAAAUAUGAAAGUACACACUAGAACACACACUGGUGAAAAAUCACAUUCCUGUUCAAUCUGCAACAGAAGCUUUUGUGACCGAUCAAACCUUGUAGCACACAUGAGAACACACACUGGUGAAAAACCUUUUUCCUGUUCAACCUGUGGUAAAGGUUUUACAAGAAGUACAGAUGUGAAAAGACACAAGAGAACACACACCGAUGAAAAAUCACAUUCCUGUUCAAUCUGCAACAGAAGCUUUGCUGAACGAUCAAAACUUGUAAGACACAUGAGAAGACACACAGAAGAGAAAGUGUUGAGUUGCAGUGUGUGUGGUGAAAGAUUGUCUUCUAAGUACCAGUGUAAGAAACACAAGUGUGCUGGUGAGAACAGCAGCAGCAAAUGAAACUGCAGGAUUUGAAAUAAACUGUCCAGACUUUCAUUUGGACUUUCUAACAACAUCAGCACAUAUAACAUGUGUCAGACUGUACCUGCUGGAUGAGGUCACCUGUCUGCCAGCUUAUCUGCAGACAGCAGUUGGGGAAAGUCCAGAGGAUCCUGCCUGCAACAUAAGAAGAGGAGCACAAGGGUGUAAAUAAAUAUAUAUUCACAAGUAUUAAUAGUUGAGUCUUUUUAGUAUUUAUAUUCUUUUGAUAUUUUCCAGCAUAAAAGUGUUCUACAUCGUUGCCAAUAAAAGCUUCUGUUACCUGUA